AUGAAUAUCUUUGGACCGAAAAUUAUAUCUCUUUCGGUCAAACAUCCUCCCCAAUUAGCUCCAUUAAAGAUUAGGGAGCCCCAGCCUCCAAAUUCAAAAAGAACAGCUCAUGGAGCAAGAAAAUCUCAAAAAAAUCAGCAGCAAAUAUCAUCUCCAAGACCUUCAUACAAAUUAAGCAUGCUUAUAAAAGACUUACCGAUUAGUUCACCGCGCCCAUCAGUAAAAAGACCGGUUGCAUUUCCGUCUCCACCACAAUCACCACGCUCACCAAGACAAAAUAACAUAAACCCAUCAAAAGUUUUAUUAGACAAGGUUAAUUAUAUGAUAGAAAACCCAGUAAUUAGUCCUCUCACCGAGUUUGAAAGAAAGAUAGAAACCUUAUCUUCGAUCAAUCAUUUAGUACCAAGAAUUUGGGAUGGACAGCCCUCUAACAUCCCUCGGCUCCUUGAUCCCCUCUUUCGGAUGAUCAAAAUGCAUAUAUUUCAGCCUUUACCAAAGUUUUCUCCUUUUUUACUUUAUUCAGAAACAAAAGUUGCUGUUUCUCGGCAAUUUUGGCCAGCACUCUCAAUAAUAUACAAAACUCUUGCAUAUAUUAUCAAAAACACUUCACAUCAAGAAUUGAACAACUAUAUCAAUCAAGAUUUCAUAAAAUCCCUCAUGGGUGUUCUUCAAUCACCAGAUGCGAAUGAAUCUCUUGCUUCUGAAGACUGUAUCACAGAAAUUUUUGACAAAUUUCUUCGUUAUCAAGUUUUUAUAUUUAAAAGCGCUGUAUCCCUUUUAAGCUCAUUCGUAGAUGGGGCAAUAAAUCAUGUCUCAGUGGCGCCUUGCAUCAGGCUCUCUCAUUACUUCCUUCUCUUCAAUAAAGUUGACUUACACUCGAUCGCUUUCAAUGUGGUCGCCCCCUUAAUUUCGUGUCACUUUUCUUCCGAUUACUUUGAUGAUUUAGAGAAGAUAAUCAUGUUUUUGUGCGAUAAUGAUCCUGGUUUGAAUCCUUUUUUCAGCCAGUAUCUCAUAGCACACUUCCCUGCGAGCGACAGCGCCAAAUCUUGCUUAUUCCUUGAUUUAAUUGCAAGACUUGAUGUCAAAUGUCCAAACGAAGCAUUCGUAAGGUUAGUAAGUGACUGCGUGAUGUCGCCAAACUUCAGAGUUUCGCUGGCCGCGCUGCAGGUAAUAACUCGUAAUUUCAUUCAGAGAAAUCCAAGGGCAGCCAGGUUGCUAGUCAACAACGUAAGCAAGGCGAGGUCCCAUUGGUGCGAUAUGGUCAGAGAUUUAGCUCAAGUUAUAUAUAAAUUACUAAUGGAUGCCGACAGAGGCGCAAUGCGAGCGGCAUUGCAUCUAAAUGAGCGUGAAGCCAAGAAAGGAAAGGAAAAAGCUCAAAUUUGGAAAGAAAUUUUUGAAAAGAGCGGAUCCGAUAUCAAUAAUAUAGAUUUUGUUUUUUGUUUGUAA